GGCCUGAAGCAACUGUGCUCGGAUAUAGUGGGGCUGGAGCCACCUCCUCCUUCCCCACUGCCUCCCUUUCCAGACAUCUCAGCAACCUGAGCCUUGGUUGGCCCCAGAAUCUCAACAGGAGGAAGCUGAGGGCCCUGUUGAGGGGCAGACCGAUGCUGCAAGGGGUGUGAAGAGAGCUGCUGCUGCCUGUCCCCAAGUUGCUGACACAGAAAGGAGGAGGAUGGAGCUGGAGUGAGGGCCUCGAGCUGCUGACCGGCGCCAGGGACACUGGUGACGCACUGCACAGACCACAGAGGCUGGACAACGUUCAUGGCUCUCGGGUAGAGCCCAGCGACACGGCCAGGAUGAAUUCUAUGGACAGGCACAUCCAGCAGACCAACGACCGACUGCAGUGUAUCAAGCAGCACCUACAGAAUCCCGCCAACUUCCACAAUGCCGCCACGGAGCUGCUGGACUGGUGUGGGGACCCGCGCGCAUUCCAGCGGCCCUUUGAGCAGAGCCUGAUGGGCUGCCUCACGGUGGUCAGUCGGGUGGCAGCCCAGCAAGGCUUUGACCUGGACCUCGGCUACAGGCUGCUGGCCGUGUGUGCUGCGAACCGAGACAAGUUCACUCCCAAGUCUGCGGCACUGCUGUCCUCCUGGUGUGAGGAACUGGGCCGCCUGCUGCUGCUCCGACAUCAGAAGAGCCGCCAGAGCGACCCCCCUGGGAAACUCCCCAUGCAGCCCCCCCUCAACUCCAUGAGCUCCAUGAAACCCACUCUGUCGCACAGUGAUGGGUCAUUCCCCUAUGACUCUGCCCCUUGGCAGCAGAACACCAACCAGCCUCCCGGCUCCCUCUCCGUGGUCACCACGGUUUGGGGAGUGACCAACACAUCCCAGAGCCAGGUCCUCGGGAACCCUAUGGCCAAUGCCAACAAUCCUAUGAAUCCAGGCGGCAACCCCAUGGCAUCCGGCAUGACCACCAGCAACCCCGGCCUCAACUCCCCGCAGUUCGCUGGGCAGCAGCAGCAGUUCUCCACCAAGGCUGGCCCAGCACAGCCGUAUAUCCAGCAGGGCAUGUACGGUCGGCCCAACUACCCCGGCAGUGGGGGCUUCGGGGCCAGUUACCCUGGGGGUCCGAAUGCUCCUGCAGGCAUGGGCAUCCCUCCGCACACCAGGCCGCCAGCAGACUUCACUCAGCCUGCAGCUGCUGCAGCAGCAGCUGCAGUAGCGGCAGCGGCAGCCACGGCCACUGCCACAGCCACGGCCACCGUGGCAGCCCUGCAGGAGACGCAGAACAAGGACAUAAACCAGUAUGGACCGGUCUGUUCCUCUUUCCAGAUGGGUCCCACCCAGGCGUAUAACAGCCAAUUCAUGAACCAGCCCGGGCCGAGGGGGCCUGCCUCCAUGGGGGGCAGCAUGAACCCCGCUAACAUGGCGGCUGGCAUGACGCCCUCAGGGAUGAGCGGACCCCCCAUGGGCAUGAACCAGCCCCGGCCACCUGGCAUCAGCCCCUUUGGCACACACGGGCAGCGGAUGCCCCAGCAGACUUACCCGGGCCCCCGGCCCCAGUCCCUUCCUAUCCAGAGCAUAAAGAGGCCAUACCCGGGAGAGCCCAGCUAUGGAAACCAGCAAUACGGACCAAACAGCCAGUUCCCCACCCAGCCAGGCCAGUACCCCACCCCGAACCCCCCGAGGCCACUCACGUCUCCAAACUACCCUGGGCAAAGGAUGCCAAGCCAACCCAGCACCGGGCAGUACCCGCCCCCCACAGUCAACAUGGGGCAGUAUUACAAGCCAGAGCAGUUUAAUGGACAGAGCAACACCUUCUCGGGCAGCAGCUACAGCAACUACAGCCAGGGCGGUGUUAACAGGCCUCCCAGGCCGGUUCCUGUGGCCAAUUACCCCCACUCACCUGUUCCAGGGAACCCCACACCUCCCAUGACCCCUGGGAGCAGCAUCCCCCCCUACCUGUCCCCCAGUCAAGAUGUCAAACCACCCUUCCCGCCUGACAUCAAGCCAAAUAUGAGUGCUCUGCCACCGCCCCCAGCCAACCACAAUGAUGAGCUGAGGCUCACAUUCCCCGUGCGGGAUGGCGUGGUGCUGGAGCCCUUCCGCCUGGAGCACAACCUGGCCGUCAGCAACCACGUGUUCCACCUGCGGCCCACAGUGCACCAGACACUGAUGUGGAGGUCCGACCUGGAGCUGCAAUUCAAGUGCUAUCACCAUGAGGACCGGCAGAUGAACACCAACUGGCCAGCCUCGGUGCAGGUCAGCGUCAAUGCCACGCCCCUCACCAUUGAGCGAGGGGACAACAAGACCUCACACAAGCCGCUGCACCUCAAGCACGUGUGCCAGCCGGGCCGCAACACCAUCCAGAUCACGGUCACUGCCUGUUGCUGCUCGCACCUGUUCGUGCUGCAGCUGGUGCACCGGCCCUCCGUGCGCUCCGUGCUGCAGGGCCUGCUGAAGAAACGCCUCCUGCCCGCAGAGCACUGCAUCACGAAAAUCAAGCGGAACUUCAGCAGCGUUGCGGCCUCUUCUGGCAACACGACCCUGAACGGGGAGGAUGGCGUGGAGCAGACGGCCAUCAAGGUGUCCCUGAAGUGCCCCAUCACAUUCCGGCGCAUCCAGCUGCCUGCUCGAGGCCAUGACUGCAAGCAUGUCCAGUGCUUUGACCUGGAGUCGUACUUGCAGCUGAAUUGUGAGAGAGGGACCUGGAGGUGUCCCGUGUGCAAUAAAACUGCUCUGCUGGAGGGGCUGGAGGUAGAUCAGUACAUGUGGGGGAUCCUGAACGCCAUCCAACACUCCGAGUUUGAAGAAGUUACCAUUGACCCCACGUGCAGCUGGCGGCCGGUCCCCAUCAAAUCGGAUCUGCACAUCAAGGACGACCCUGACGGCAUCCCCUCCAAGCGGUUCAAGACCAUGAGCCCCAGCCAGAUGAUCAUGCCCAACGUCAUGGAGAUGAUCGCAGCCCUGGGCCCUGGCCCAUCGCCCUACCCACUCCCACCUCCCCCCGGGGGCACCAACUCCAGUGACUACAGCAGCCAAGGCAACAACUACCAGGGCCAUGGCAACUUCGACUUUCCGCAUGGGAACCCCGGCGGGACGUCCAUGAAUGACUUCAUGCACGGGCCUCCCCAGCUCUCCCAUCCCCCAGACAUGCCCAACACCAUGGCCGCCCUCGAGAAGCCUCUCAGUCAUCCCAUGCAGGAAACUAUGCCCCACGCUGGCAGUUCUGACCAGCCCCAUCCCUCCAUACAACAAGGUUUGCACGUACCACACCCCAGCAGCCAGUCAGGGCCUCCAUUACAUCACAGUGGGGCUCCUCCUCCUCCUCCUCCUCCUCCUUCCCAGCCUCCCCGGCAGCCACCACAGGCCGCUCCCAGCAACCAUCCACACAGUGACCUGACCUUUAACCCCUCCUCAGCCUUAGAGGGUCAGGCCGGAGCGCAGGGAGCAUCCGACAUGCCGGAGCCUUCGCUGGAUCUCCUGCCAGAACUCACCAAUCCUGAUGAGCUCCUCUCCUACCUGGAUCCCCCUGACCUUCCGAGCAAUAGCAAUGACGACCUCCUAUCUCUCUUUGAGAACAACUGAAAGUCCCCUAUCAUCGGGGUCAUCCCCCCUACUCUGCCUCCUGCCCUGUCUGCCCCUCACACCUGCCCCCUGGGAGCCCGCGCCUCAGGCCACCCCUUGCUGGGACCACAGGCUGGGUGUGGCUGGGGAAGGUUGUGUGGGGCCGCAGCCAGCGCUCCCCUGAACACCCUGGGCCAGGGCUCAUGGCCAGAGCAGGCCCUGAAGACGACCUGCUGAGGGGGCACAGCCCAGUGAGAGGUAGCGACCUUUUGGUGCCCCCAAGGUUCUUCCAUUUUCUAAACUGCAGCCCUGCUCCCUGCUUCCUGGCCCAGAGCCUCCUUCAAGUGACUAGAGCCUGAGAGGGCCCCCUGAGACUCGCGGGACCCAAUCUCCGAGGAGCAGUGAUGAGACUGGCUGCCCACCACCGCCCACCACAGAAAAGCACAAACCCCUGGGAAGGAAAGUGAAAUCUCUGAGCCAAGGGCUGUGGCUCUGGCCCCCAACCUCUUAAGCCAGGAGAUACCCUGUGAACGCUCCCUCAGAAGGCCCAGAGGACACAGUUCUGUAUCUGAGGGAGGGGCUGCCAUUCCUGCUGGGGACUGGUGGGAAGGGAGGUCAGGGUCCCUGGAGCCAGGAUAGCGCAUCGAGGGACUCUGCCUCAGGAAACCCAGAGCAGGGCCCAGCAUUGAGAGGCAGACAGAGUGUGUGUGUGCAUCCAGACAUUCCCAGUACCUUGGGCUGGGGAAUGUCAUCAGCCAGCGUCACGUAGGAGCCACUCACAACUUCACCCCAAGCCACUCACUGUUUGGUUCAAGCUGCGGUCGACAGCUCUGGAGGACAGGAACGUUGCACUUGGGCAGCAAGCAGACACUUUCCCUCCAUGCGUUGUUCCCCACCACCCACCUGCCUCUGCAAGACUAUAUCAUGGGAUAUCCGCUCCCCUCCGUAUCCUCUGUCCUGCCAGGAGGCUGCAGUGCAGCAGAAAGGCAGGGUCAGCACAGGACAUGUGGCCUUGGUGGCAGAAGGAGCUCGGCACCCCCACAUCUCUCCAGCCUCCCUGUCUGUCCAUCUGCGCUCACUGCUGCAUGUGCCAGAAUGUUCCUGUGGCCACCCAUGGUGUCCCUGUGGCACGCUAAGCUCACUUUAGAAGAGUAGCCUCUGGUCUUCCUCUACUGCUUAACUCCAUCCACUGGGGACCCUGGGGUGCUGCUCUGUGUCCUCUGAGCCUUGCAGCCCUGUGGUGAUGCUGGGUUGUCCAAUCACUUGGGUCCCACCUGUAAGUUUUUUGCACCCUUCUCUGCUGCUGCCACCCAGGGUACUCCUGCCCUGCCAUCCACUGUCAGUGUCCUCGGUCACUGUCACUCUCCUGUCUCCCUCUGUAGGGUGGGUGGUCCCCGGCAUUUUUCUGUGGAUCAGACCAAGAGAGGUGGCCCCAGCUGUUGACAUGCAGUCACCAUACCAAGCUGCACAAGGUUUUCUGUAGGGAAGCUGCCAUCAGCCCGCCCCUUCUCUUCCUUUGUCCCUGUUGUUGUCGAGGUUUUUUCAAACGGUGUGUUGUUCAGUAUGCAAAUCACUUAUUUUAAGAAUCGCUUUUGUAAAUAUCUUUGUGAAUAUUUUAGUAUUGUCUUUGAUAAUAUUUGACAUUUUCAUGACCUGGUUAUAGCCUUUGCUGGUGUUUUUAAAAUACCUUGACUCAACAACAAAAACCGAGUCCUUUUUUAAAAAAACAAAAACAAAACAAAAAAGCAACCAGGGCUAUUUGUACAGAUAAGGGACAAACAGAAUGAGUGGCUUCAUUGGAAGUUGGAAGACCAGGCAACCCACUGUUGAGAGCCAUCCCCAAGUCAGCUGGUGGGGACAAAGUAGCUGGUGACUGUCCCUGCCCAGUGCCUGUGGCCUGGCAGGUGUCCACACUAUUUCUGACCACCUGGAAUGUUCAGCUGUAGACAAACUGACAAAUGCCUUCUUAGCAGCUCCUGCUUCCUGCCGUGAGACUGCCCCUUUCUGGGGACCUGGGGUCCCUGCUGGGUCUUGUCACAGUGUACCCAGAUCCUCUUCCCAGACCUAUCUUCAGCUUUCUAGUGCAGAGGUUCUAGCUGCUCCCAGCAGUCUGGACUCCAGGCAUCUCGCUGCCAUCCCUGGGCUGGCACCUAAGGCCUGGGUUCCCUCUCAAGCAAGCCUCCACCAGCAAGCUCAGUACAGAGCCUUCCUUCCGGCCAGCUCUGAUCCGUGGUGCCUGCAGCCCUUGCUCUGGGGACCAGAGUGACAGGUGCUCAGCCAGGGUGUAAGGGACAGGCAGCAACCCCUGGGGGCUAAGUGGUCCCUGAGCAGGUGCAGAUCAAGGCAGCCCUGUGGGCAGAGGCAGGCCUGAGCUCUGGAAAGAUCCUUCCCUGAUGUUUUCAGACAAUGACUUGCAGCCAUAAGUGACCUCCGCAAAAACGAGGCCUCAGCAAGCCACCUUCCCAUGACAAGCAUCAGCCCACCCAUGGCACGAUUCUGCCACCAAUCCACAAGAUGGACCGGGAGCCAGCGGGCGGGCAGAAGGGCCUGGAACAGGCAAUCACCCCCAUCUCCUUGGUUUGAAGCUUUACCAUGUUCCCUGUAGCCAUUUUAUUUUUAAAGAAACUUCUAAUACUUUCUCUCUGAAGGAAGCCCUAACCCCCAGAGAGCUACAAGUCUGCUCCCAACAGGCCUCGGGCCUGACCGGUCCAGACAGGGCAAGUGAGCAGCGGUGACUCAAGGGACGUGUGUACAUAUGUAAAUGAAAAAUAGACCUGUCAACAGAUGCAUUCAUUUCUCUCGGAAUGUGUAUUGUUUUUAUUUUACAAAACGAAACAAAAAAAAAAUGGCUUGGAACUCCAUCUUAACGUGGAAAAACUAGAUCCUGUUUGUUAGCGUUUGUGAGUUCUCCACCUCCCGUCUCACUCAUGUAAUAUACUCUGACCUGUGUGGAAAGGCAGUUCUGUUUUUAUUUUACCUACAUGUACUAUUUAGCUUCAGUGUACUUAGUCCUGCCACCUGUGUAUUUUUAGGGUGCUAUGGAAAUAAUGAAGAGAAACGGGGAUUUCAGAA